GCUGGCCAGCAGACCUCUCUGGAUCCAGUUACUGGUUGUGUGGUGCUCUCCGAAGUUGCUCACUUGCAGAGAGGUAAAUGCUGUGGCUCUGCAUGCAGACGUUGUCCAUACGAGCAAGUUAACGUGAAAGACCAGUCCAAAAAGAAGUGCUUCAACUCAUUUUUUUUUAUGUAUGAGUAUUAA